AUGGCAGCGCUGAGACAGGAGCAUCGGUAUGGGCUCUCCUGUGCAAAAAUCAACAAGAAAGCUCAAAAUAAAACUCUAUUUCACGUCAAGCUAACUGAUACCGCCAUUCGAACGCUUGAAGCCUAUCAGAAUCUGAAGGGAUCCUUACCAAAUCAGCCAGCAGUUUGCUUCAAGGGGAGCCAGGGGUAUAUCAAGAUCCCUGCCCCAUCCCCAGAGGCCCCAGAUGCACUCCGGGUCUUCUCCUUCUACCUGUCCAGUGAUAGCAAAGACAAACCUCAGGCCAGCGUUGACUGCAUCCACCAGCAUGUCUCAGGGGAGGGCAGGGAGCACCUGGAGGGCCAGGGCAGUAUUCAGGACAAGAUCACUGUGUGUGCCACUGAUGACUCAUACCAGAUGACCCGAGAGCGCAUGUCUCAGGUUGAGAAGGACAUCAUGAGCAGGUCGGCCAUCGAGAUCAAACCAGGCUCUACACAUGGUAAAUGUGUGAAGAUCCAGAGGAAGCAGGGCCUGUCAUCAGGCAUGGACAGCAGCAGCAACAAGCACUCCCCUAACAACAAGAAGAGCGGGGCCCACAACCCAGUAGCCCUCAGGCCCCUGAGAGACCGCAUCAUCCACGUCCUGGCCUUAAAGCCCUACAGGAAGCCUGAGCUGCUGUUGUGGCUGGAGAGGGAGAGGGCCACUCCCAAGGAUAAGACUGACCUGGGAGCAGUACUGGAUGAGGUUGCUAAACUGAACCACAAAGACCACAGCUUUACUCUGAAGGAUGAGUUCUACAGGCACGUCCAAAAGGAUUGGCCCGGUUACCUGGAGGAAGAGAAGCCGCUCAUCCAUAGGCUCCUGGCCAGGAAACUGCAGCCACUGAGCAGCAGUAGCCAGUUGAAGAGUUUCCAGUCAAACCAUUCAUUCCACAAAACCCCUGCGGAUUCUCCGUCACAACUCAGCCCGGUCAAGACUCCCUCUGUGAAACGCCCCGUGCCCUCCGACCUAUCUGAUUAUCAGACCCCCAAGAAGCAAAGACUAUUAGACCACAGUUUAUCUCUGCAGUCUCCUUCCAAUGGACAGCUUGGUACCUUUGGAGCCCGUAGCUCAUCUGGUCCAGGCAACACCAGUGUACAGACCAAAACAGAGUUUGAGAGAACCAACAAUCACGUCCAGGGAAGCCCUAAUGGUCUCUACACAAGGCAAAAAUUGGGUUGCUCCUCCAGUAUUCCCAAGCUGGAGAGGACAGAGCCAGGCCUAGCAGUACCAAGCCCCAAGGCUCCACAGACUGAGCCCUCCAUCUGCACUGACCAGCAGCUAGCCAACGGCCAGCACAAAAAGAAGAAGUCCAAGAAGCACAAAGACAAGGAUAGGGAGCGCUUAAAACAGGACUGGAUAGAGAACAGUCCCGACCUGAAACAGAACCAGGAAAACAUCACUGACAAUGAGGGGGCUAAAACACCUGUCACUCGUACAUCACCGGAGGAGCUGCCUGACUUUUUAAUAAAGUACAACACCAUCACAGCCUCAGAACAGCGACAACAGUACAAGCAGGAUUUCUGUGCAGAGUACGAUGAGUAUAGGGCCCUGCACGACCAGAUCGGUACCAUCACUGAGAUGUUUGUUCAGCUGGGUUCCAAGAUAAACACUCUGUCCCCCGGUACACAGGAAUACAAGCUCAUGGAGGAGCAAAUACUGCAGAAAUACAGAAAGUAUAAGAAAAAGUUCCCUGGUUACCGGGAAGAGAAGAAGCGAUGCCAGUAUCUGCAUCAGAAACUUUCUCACAUCAAAGGUCUGAUCCUGGACUAUGACCGUACCCAGGCCCCUUCAUAGUGACUGGCCUGCACCCUGCUGCCACAGGGUGUUACUGUAUCAAUGGACCAAAAUUCUCCCCGUGGACCAAAAGACUGCCCAGCCAAGCCUGGGUCCUGGAGUGACCUGGAAUCGCAUAUGAAUCACACAUUCACUUCACUCCUCCCAGUGUUGGUGGGAGAGAGGAGCGAUGUUCUCUUAUAUGAAGUGGGCCAAGACCAGCAACUUGUGAGCAAAUGAAACCCUUUAAUGUUUUUGUUGUUGAGGGCGAGGGUUGUAAUGACUGGAAUUUGUUGUGGUGUAUAAAUCAUAAGAUGACACAAUUUAAGCCAAAUUCCUUUUUCUACCCAUAAUGCAAAAUGUACAUGAACUCUCCUGCCCAAAUGCUUUUAUCGUUUAGUCUAUUAUCAUGACUACACACAAAGGCAUAUUGGUUUGAUGGUACAAUCAUAAGGACAGAUAAGAACAAAUGCUCUUCAUACCCAGUCUUCUAUCAAUGCUAUAUUUAAGUACCCAGUACAAUUUGUUGUUUGCUAUUUCACUGAAUGUAUAGAUGUAAAAUAAUUAUAUAAAGUCUUCAUUCCUAUAGAGAGGGUUGCAAUCACUGGAUUAAGAUUAGGGAAAACUGGAAGAUAUUUUAUGUUCUGUGGAAAUAUCUUAGACGUGACUUCUAGGCCAUAUCCCUGCCAUUGUUGAUGUCCCAGGCAGAAUACAAAAUGUAGACUAUCUAAAAAAAGGAGGUAGACUAUGUAUGCUGAACAGGAGCUAGGAAGAAUAUUGUAACUGUAAAGAGGUAGGCGUGGCCUAAACAUCAACAUUUCAGGUAUUGAUACAUAGUUCUAAAAAAAACAAUACAAAAUUACAAAGAAAAA